AGAGGAGCACAGAAACGUUUGACACCAACAGAAAUCUCCACACUGGACCUGGACAGGUCUGAGUUUUCUAACCAGUUGUCCAGAAAACACACAACGCGAGUCAGAGGGAUUCUUAUACAUGGACCUCAUGUCUGCACUGCAAAAACUCAAAAUCUUACUGAGUAUUUCUAGUCUAGAUUCUAGUUUAAAUAAGUUAGUACAUUUGAAAUAAGACCAAACUAAGAACUAACUAUCUACUAUGUGCUCUAACCGACAAUCCAACAUGGCCGCCAAAUUGAUUUAUUUAUUUUUUUCAAAAGUCCUAGUUUGAUUACAUUGUUUCUAAUCCAUCUUAAUUGGAUUAGAUUGUUUUUUACUUAUUUCCAAUAUUUAAAAGAUUUUCCAGAUCCAGUGUUAAAAAUUCUUAAGAAAUUAAAAUGUUUUUAUCUUUGAGAGGAUAAACUCACAUAAAUAUGUCGUUAUUAUGAUAUUAGUUGCAAAUAGUCUCAAAAUGACAAUAUUAUAGUUUAUUGCAAUAAUUUCUGGGUGAGUUUAUCGUCCAGUAAAGUCCGUUAUGGUGACAGGCCCGGUUCUGAUCGGAGGGUCUUGUGUUCAUCAGCAGGUGGAGAGAUCUGAGGAAGACGAUUCCUCUUCAUCUGAACGCUCCUCAGCCUCAGAGUCCCACUGCGCUCAGCUCCGUUUGCAGCUUUGCUCUCAUUAAGCCUGAUUAUUCAGCCGCACUUUGUUAAUAAGACGCUGCACUUUGCAUUAAUAUUAAUCUCCACUAUGGGACUCUGGGGGCCUCCGCAGCUCUGAGCUUCUCUGGAAACCUUCAGUUCAGCUCCUUCACAAUAAAAGCUGAAAGUCAAAGAGGAGCAUCAGUGGAAAACAGGAGCUGAUAAUGAUGAUGAUGAAGAUGAUAAAGAUAACUAUGAUGAUGCUGUGCAGCUCUUACUGUCUCUCAUCUGGAGCUACAGAAGCUCCUCAGUCACCAUCAAAUUAAAAGCCUUUUCUUAUAAAACCAUCAGAUUUAAGAGAAAUAAAAUUUUCUGCACCUUUAGUUUCAGAUUUUCUACUGGACUUCAGGAGUCAUCACAGACUGAGCAGCAGCUCUAUGAGCGACACCUACUGUCCUACAGGUGGCGCCGUCCGGCGUGAGAGACGCCGGCGCUGUAAACAGCCCUGCAGGUCCAGGAGUCACCGUCAGGUCAUGUGACUGACUGUAGCUCAUCUCCAUCAGCGCUACAUAAACCAGAAGGUCUGAGCACCACAGCCUGGUUCCCAGCUUGGAGAACCAAACCCAGUUACAAACAGCUCAGCAUGAAGUUCGGCUAAAGGCUGGGGAUAGUUCUGAACACACGGAGAAGAACCGAUUCAGAACCGAUUCAGAACCAGGCAGGAGGAUAACGAGCUGCAGACUGGCUCAGAGCAGCAGGUGCAUCACAGGAAUUGUUUACAGAAGAUUCAGAUUUCAGUUGAAUGAAUAAAAAGCAGAAAGACAAGCUGCUGCUGACUGGUAAACAUCAGGACAUGUUUCACCUGGACAACUAAUUCUGGAGAGGAUCCAACAAACACUAGAAUCAGAACCAGCUCUUUAUGAAAACCUGGGCAGAGAUCAGUCAGAAAAACCUGGAAGCGACAGAAACUGGAUGAGAGGAAAAUCAGCCCAGUUCAUACCCGGGAGCUCCAGUGGAAGGCAACUGGACUUCUUCUCUUGUUCCUCUGAGAUGUUUAUCCAAAACAAAACAAAUCUGAACAUGGUUGGAAGUACGUCAGUCAGAACCAUCACAAUAAUACGGUUCUUAAGACCACUAAUAACUGCCUUUGAUUCAUAAUAAUUGAAACAUUGUUCAACAUUAAUCAGCAAUAUUUGAUGUGUAUUGAUGAAUGGCAUUUGACAAUUUGACUAAUAGGGCUGCUGGGGUCACUAAUAGGGCCGUUGGGGUCACUAAUAGGGCUGCUGGGGUCACUAAUAGGGCUGCUGGGGUCACUAAUAGGGCCGUUGGGGUCACUAAUAGGGGUGUGGGGUCACUAACAGGGCUGCUGGGGUCACUAAUAGGGCCGUUGGGGUCACUAAUAGGGCCGUUGGGGUCACUAAUUGGGGUGUGGGGUCACUAAUAGGGCCGUUGGGGUCACUAAUAGGGCCGUUGGGGUCACUAAUAGGGGUGUGGGGUCACUAAUAGGGCCGUUGGGGUCACUAAUAGGGCCGUUGGGGUCACUAAUAGGGCCGUUGGGGUCACUAAUAGGGCCGCUGGGGUCACUAAUAGGUCUGCUGGGGUCACUAAUAGGGCCGUUGGGGUCACUAAUAGGGCUGCUGGGGUCACUAACAGGGCUGCUGGGGUCACUAAUAGGGCCGUUGGGGUCACUAAUAGGGCUGCUGGGGUCACUAAUGGGGCUGCUGGGGUCACUAAUAGGGCUGCUGAGGUCAUUGGGGCUGUUAAGGUCGUGGACAUGAAGCCGUCUCCUCUGAUCUGUAAUGUAAAUGGAGCGGUGGUUCUGGAGACGAUGAGCUGGUUGUUCCAUCGGGUUGAGCAGCUGCUCUUUAGUUCCUCUAAUGAUUUGAAUGAAUGCUGAGUGUAGUGGUUUCUGUGGAACCCUGAGACUCUCAGACCAACUAGAGCUGGAAACCGAAUUCACCAACCAUAUGGUCGGGUUUUUAUCUGAACUGGUCCAACAUGUUCCACUAAUCAAUCAAUGCAGUCAGACUAACUCUCCUCAUGCUAGUGUCUCUAUAUUUAAGCUAACAGCUGUCAGCCUGCUGAUGUUAGAUUAGCAAAGGUCUUCAUGCAUUUAAAUAGAUUUUAUUUUUGUUUGAAUUGUUUUAGAAUGAUGGAGAUAAAAUGAUUUUACAGAACGGAUGUUAAGCAGUGAUGGUGGGACAUUAACAAAUGGGAUGCAAACAUCGUCUCCCAAAUGUUUCCUCUGCUUCCCAAGCUGCAGCUCUCAUUUGCACGUCUCUGCAGCCAAUCAGAUUUGCUGUGAAAUGCGCCUCACACGGCUCCUUCUGUGGCAGCAUAAGCCAUCAGAGAGGGUGAAAACAAAGUGAGAGCAGGAGGCAAACAGACAGCGAGCAGAGCAGGGAACGCAGAGAGGCGGAGGGGGUCCGGAGGGCUGGAGCAGCGGAGGAGAGGAGGAGCUGGAAAAGCACCACAAGAGGCAGACGGCGCUCACAAAUGAGCAGCAAACAGACGGAGGCAGCGACGGCAAACACACCGAGAGCCGGACCAGAACAGAACCACUCCUGCAGGAACUUUAAGGUCUCUGAGCAUCAGUAGCACCGACACACAUUAAAUCAGCCGGGCGGACAGGAUGCUGCUGUAACUCAGAGCGCCGGCGCCGGCAGGACGGGACGGCAGCGCAUCGACUGGGAGCUUCCAAACUGGGAAACCAGAAGGUCAACUUCCUGGAUCCGCGUUUCCAGCUGAGCGAGUCUGGAACCAGAACCUCCAGAUUCUUCAGGCUGGACUGAGCCAAUGUUUGGGUUCUGAGCUCGACCAGAGAGAUCGGUGCAGCUUCGUCAGGUCGAGAGUUUCCUGGUGAGAAUGAGAGACGGGAAGCAGCCAGAGGUCUGAACUUCUCAGAACGUCGACUGGAGAUGAGAUGAAGCCCAGAGCGGGAGGAUGUGACCGGCUCUGACUCUGCUGAAGUUCAGUUUGCUGGAGGCAUCAUGCUGGCCGCCGUCCUGCAGGGGGUGCAGUGGCCAGUGGUGGUUCUGAUGGUGUGUGUGCAGCUGAGUGCGGUUCGGGGCGCCGCCUGCCCGCCCCGUUGCCUCUGCACAGCGGACAUCCUGAGCUGCCCGGCGCUGGAUCUGGACCGGGUCCCCGCAGCGCUGCCAGCCUCUACCGCCACCAUGGACCUGAGCCACAACCGGAUCCAGCAGCUGGAGCCGGGCGGCUUCCAGGGACUGCUACAGCUGGAGGUGCUGCGGUUGGCCCACAACCAGCUGAGCGCCAUCCAGCCAGGCGCCUUCAGGAACUCCUCCGGACGCCUGAAACACCUGGACCUGUCGUCCAAUCAGCUGCUGGUCCUGAAGCAGAGCGACUUCCAGGAGCUGGCGGCGCUGGAGGAGCUGCUGCUGUUCAACAACCGGAUCAAGCACGUGGAGAGCACCGCCCUGUCCGGACUGACCGGCCUCCGGAAGGCCUACCUCAGCCACAACCGCCUCACCGACUUCCCCUUCUUCAGCAUCCAGACAGGCGGCCACCAGCAGCUGACCCUGCUGGACCUGUCCUCCAACCGGCUGCCCAAGCUGCCGCUGAUGGACAUCUCCGGUCUGCCGCUGGCCCUGCAGGGGGGGCUCUAUCUGCACAACAACUCGCUGGUGUGUGACUGCGCCAUGUUCUCCCUGUUCCGGCUGUGGGAGCAGAAAGGCUUUGCAUCGGUCCGGUUCUUCCGGCAGGAGCACGUCUGCCUGGUUGCUGGAGUCCAGCGCAGCGGCAUCCGCUUUUUCCUGCACCGGAGAUACUUCGAGCGCUGCAACGUGACGGCGGCGCCGCAGCAGGAAGCCAGUGUGUCGGUGAGGGCGGGGGCGCCGCUGCUGCUGCACUGCGUCACAUCUUUGUCCGGCCGCGGCGCCGCCUUUUUCUGGCUCACGCCGCAGCUGGAGUACGUGGCUCCGCCUGGGAACAACGGCUCCAUCAGGAUGUUCGCUAACGGCAGCUUGGCGAUGGCGGCGCCCCAAGAGCAGGACUCUGGGAUCUACGUGUGCGUGGCCCAGGCGAGGCGGCUGAACGAUUCCCGGGAGGUCAACGUGACGGUGCUGCCGUGGCCGGCCUCUGAUGCCGCUGAGCCCUUCAACACGGGCUUCACCACCCUGCUGGGCUGCGUGGUCAGCCUGCUGCUGGUCCUGGUCUACCUGUACCUGACGCCCUGCCGCUGCCCACCCUGGCCCAGGCCCCGCCCCCUGGCGGCCACCGCCCAGAGCCAGUGCAAGGAGGGCGGAGCGGGCAGCGCCCAGUCCUCCAUCCUCACGCCGACGCCGCCGGCGUCCACCGAGGGCCCCGGCCGCAAGGUCAGUAGCAACAAGCAUGUUGUGUUUCUGGAGCCAAUCAGAGAGCAGCAGAACGGCCAGCUGGGGGCGGAGCCUCAGCAGCGCGCCAGGGAGACGGACUCUUACAUGUCCGUCUCCCCCGACACGCCCAUCAUGUUGCCAUAGCGACAAGACUCUCAGCGCGAUGGCACAGCCCCUCACCACUUCCUCCCCAACACGCCCUCCCCUCACCAACAACAAGUGCAAUUCUGACCCUGAAUCCUGUUAGCUCAGGUCCGAUCCCUGAGCCCAGAACCGGCGCACUGUGACGGGUCAGAACCGGCCGAGUCCAGACCAAAGACAGAGCAUGAACCGCUGCGUCCCUUUAAGCACGGCCUGUCCCUUUAACUGCAGCACCGCCUUCCAGUACCAAACUGUUUUCUAGAGUUCUGUAGCUUCCUGGUUCUGUUCACCAGACCGACAUGUAGGGUCCGAUUAACCAGAACCAACCAGAGGUUCUGGUUCCCUCCUCCACUCUGCCUGGUUUCUGUUUCUACUGUAUGUUCUCACUGCAUCCUUUGCACCUCGUCUGUAUCGCCUAAUAAACCUCCAAACCCAA